AUGGCUGGUUCACACAAUGAUAUUAGUGUUCUUCAACGUUCUCCAGUCUUUGCAAGGCUUGCAGAUGAGCACUGCCCAGAGGUCAAUGGCCACCAGUACAACAAGGGAUAUUACCUUGCUGAUGGUAUUUAUCCACAGUGGUCCACUCUUGUGAAGAUUAUACCAAAUCCGCAAGGAGAGAAGAGAAAGAGGUUUGCCCAAAUGCAGGAGAGUGCUAUGAAGGAUGUGGAGCGUUCUUUCGGUGUGCUUCAGUCUCAAUGGGGUAUCGUUCGAAACCCUACAUUGACAUGGAGCACUCAUAAGCUUUGGGAGGUGAUGACUGCUUGCGUGAUUAUGCACAACAUGAUCGUGGAGGAUGAGCGUGAUGAUAGCAUCUACGACCAAGGGUUUGAUUUCCAUGGUGAAAAUGUUGAGCCUGACAUCCACCUCCUGCAAUCUUCGAACAUUUUUUUCAUUUUCAUCGUGAAUUGCGUGAUUGACUACUCAUGUCUAGCUCCAGGAUGA